CCGCGCGCAUGAGCGAGCACGGCUGGGCAUGCGCGGUGGGCCGCGGCCGCGCGGCGCGGGCGUAAGCGCAGGCGUAAAAGCGUGGAGGCGGCUGCCGGGCUGUGCGUUCUCCGCCCGCGCCGUGAGACAGAUAAAGCAGCUAUGCCUGUUCAGUUGCUGAGGAUUGUUAAAGGAGAAUCUGAAACCUCACUGCCAAGCCAUCUGCAGGAGGAGGAUUUGGAACAUUUGCAAGAAGGCUUUGAUCAUACAAACAAAUACUUUCAGGGAAUAGUUGUUCUUUCCCACCCAUUAGUGAAACUUGGAGAUGGGACUGACUUUUUGAAGAUUGUUCUUCAAGAUUUGAAUAACUUGUGUUCACGGAUCAACAGCAUCAAUAUUUUAAUAUAUGGAAAAAUGGCAGUGGAUUGUGCGAAAAUGAUACACUCUGGGGACACAGUUGUAGUAGCAGGAUUUAAGUUGGCAAAAUCACCUACAGCAGCAGAGGAUGGUAGACAUCAUUGCCACCUGGAGGCAUCUGAAGAAGAUGGAUCAGCCAUUUAUAUUUAUCCUAAACAAAAAAAAUACGCUGCUUCAGAAACUGCAUCUGUGUCUGUUGCACCAAAAUAUGUGUAUACUCCUCUGAAUCAUCUUAAAGAUGGAACUAUAGUGAAUUUGUAUGGCAUUGUGAAAUUCUUCAAGCCUCCAUAUGUAAGCAAAGGAACUGAUUAUUGCUCAGUUGUAACACUUGUGGACCCAUCAAAUGUGAAGUUAACGUGCACUCUUUUUAAUGGAAAUCUAGAUUCACUACCAAAAAUUUACAAAGUUGGAGAUAUUGUUCGAUUUCAUAGAAUAAAGAUCAGGGAAUACAACGGACAGAUGCAGGGAAUUACCAGUGUGGGAUUUUCAUCCUUGACAUUUGAUGGAAAUGUAGGAGCUCCAGUAGUUCCUCGAGCCUCUAGCAAAGCUUACACUUUCAUGGAUGAAGAUCUGAAAAUAAUAGAAGAACUACGUGUCUGGGCAGCCAGUAAUCUUUCCAUCUCUGGACCAGCAGCAAAAUUGUCUGGUGUUCAGCCAAUGCUGUUCUUUGAUCUCACUUGCCAGCUGGUAGGAAAAGCACAAGUAGAUGGAUCUUCCUUUCUUCUAAAGGUAUGGGAUGGCACAAAAUGCCCCUACCCAACAUGGAAGGUGCCUGUGGAAGCAAAAGACCUGGAAGGAGAUAAAGUUCUUCUUCAACAGCUGCGAAAUCUAACAGUGGACAUUCUAGUCUAUGAUAACCAUGUACAACUGGCAAAAUCACUCAAGAUUGGAAAUUUUCUGAGAAUUUACAGUAUUCAUACGAAACAAGCAAGUGCUGCUGCUGAUGUCUCUCAUAUAGAAUUUCAUCUUCAUGGUGGCACCUGUUAUGGUCGAGGAAUAGGAGUCUUGCCAGAAAGUAACCCUGACGUUAAGGAACUAAAAGAAUUCUUAGAAUCUGUGCAUCUGUCAGACAGUCAGAAUACGGAAAGCGUGUCUUCAGUGGAAUCGGACAGCACUUCUAACGACACUAUAGAUCUUGAAUCACAUUUACAGAUAUAUCAGCAGUUACCUGUUACAGUAUUAACAGAUCAUCAGCAUUUUAGUAACACAGAACUGAAAACUAUUCUGAACAGCACGGCUCCUCAACAGUACCGUAUUAGAGCAAAGCUGAAAAAUUACAAACCCCAGGAGCUCCAUCAGUCUCUUAAACUUCAUUGUUCCAAUUGCAACUCAUUGCAAGAAGUUCCAGAUGGAGAUAGCUUUGACUUUAUUUUACAAGACUCUGCUGUUACUCCCUCAAACCCGGAAUUACACAAUACAUCCUGGUAUGAUUCUGUAACGUGGACUACACAAGACCAAAACCAAAGGAAAAUAACUAUCCAUUUUGUAAGGCAUGAUGAAAUGCUUCAGCAUCCUGAAGACACCUUGCUUAUGAUAGAAGGUGGAAAACUAAAAGAAGUCCGGAACCUUACAAAAAGAUUUAAAUGUGUCAUUCCUGUGAGAUCCACAGAAGAUGAUCUUGAAUUAUUAGAUCUUUCAGCCCCUUUUCUUUUACAAGGGAACAUAAGUUAUUAUGGGUGCAAGCAGUGUUCAAGUCCAAAGCCUAUCAAGAAUCUAAGUUCCAUUGCAGCGGAACAACAACCGUCAUGGGAACCAACUGAAAUAGCACAAGUUUUAGGUAUUAAACUGCUCCAGUAUGUUUUUAUUAUGAAGUUUACGCUGGUUGAUGGAACAGGAGCACUAAACGCAUACCUAUUUGAUUAUGAAAAGUUUUUCCAAAUUCCCGCCUCUGAAAUUUUAACCAAUAAUUUUCUUCAGCAAAAGAUGCAGAUGACUAUGAAUAUGCUCUGUCCUCCAGGAAGAAAAUUAGAUGACUUGCCAUGGCUGGAUUGCUUCAUCAAGUCCUAUAAUGUCAGAGAUACGACGGGACAUAAAGUUUAUUACCAAAUUUUUGACACUACAGUUGCUGAAGAUGUUAUAUAGUGAUGUGUUGCGUAUCGGAAGUGACCCAGUGAGAAACCAAUUUUAGAGGUUUUGGGGAGCAGACUGUAUUAAAAAAAAUCUUUGUUCCCUUCUUAGGAAUUCAACAUGUAUGUAUGAAGUUUUAGUUGCUUUGAUGUAUUUACUGCUUUCCUGGCGUACAGCCUUAUGAUCUGAGUGCGGGUGGAGGUGCUAAGCUUUUUCCCUGGAGGCUGCUUGGCUCAGGCAGGUGGAAGCAAUCUAGUAUCCAUCUGUCCUUCAAAAAGGCAGUGAAUGUUACUCUGAACUGGUGAUUUUUACUCAGAAAAUAGUCAGAAUGAUGUUGCUUUGUCCAUUUCCUUAUUAAAAUAAACAACGUCAGCCAGCAGAGGUAGGAAAAAGGAGCUCUUUAGUAAACUUCCAUCUUGGAUUACUUUGUGCAAGCAUAUGUUACUCUUUGUUCUUGGCCAGUUAGGGGGGUUGUCUGUGUUUAGAGACUUCUUUGAUUUUGCACCGAUAUGUACAUUUAGACAGAAUCCUUCCUGUUAAUCACACCGAAGUAACUGCUAUGUGUUCCAUUUACUGUGGAUUUUGAUGGAGUUAUGAUAAUCACUAAAAUUAAAGUCAAGCCAUGAAAGUACGGUAGCGUAAAAUUGUAAAAUUAAUAUUGACAUUCACUAGAUCAUAAUUUUUAGGGGGGACUUACUAGAUACCAAAGUCGUUAGCACGUUUAUUAGCUGGGUCUCUGUUUUUAAGGGCUUUCAUGUAUCUGGCUACAAUUGCUGUCAGAUUACACUGCCCAGAUCUGCCUUUUCUGUCUUACGUAACCAGAUUGUGUGACUAAAUUUAGAGAUACAAAACUGAUCUAGUGAUACCAUGGCUUGAAAAUACUGCUGGAGUAGGAAAAUUACUCGAUUUUAUUCUUCAUUCAGAAGUCUACAGGACAAAUUCAGGACAUGUUUCUCCAAGGAUAAUUAAUGUAGAAAUCCCUGUCAAAUCAAAUGCUUUCCAUCAGAGCAAAAUUACUUAAUAUUUACAACAGCUGUUUUUUAAGGAAGCUCGGAAGCAAGAUGGAAUACUUGCAAGUAGAUUAUUAUUUUGAUAGUAGAUGACAUUUUAUUUUUUAAUUUCUCAGGGCUGUUUAGUAUGUUAUGCAUUCUGUCACUUAAAAUUUCUUCUAAAUAUCUUUGAUAACUUUCUGGUGUUCUAAAAAGUUAUUCUGAGUUUAUAUGUCAUAAACCAGGAGAUUGUUCUUUAUUGAUUGAUGUAUAGGGAGAAUCAAUAUUAAAAGUGGUUAGUGGAUAUUUCCUUUUUAAAAGGGGGGGGGGGGAACACUUUGGAAUUGGAUGAGCAGUUUAUGAAUCAGCAGUACUGGCUUAUGAAAGCUUGCCUGAAUCUGUGAACAAAUGCAUAAACAAAAAACAGUUGAACAAGUUAUGAAAUGAAUAUUAUAAAACUUCAGACACUGGCCAUAUACAAACGGAUUAAGCUGAAGGCAAUCUUUUUUGCAUUUCUUGUAUGUAGUAUAUGAAAACAUUGGAAGAAAAAAUGUACAAUAUCAGAGUUGUUACAAAAAAAUCCAAAA